UACUUUAUAUUUCUGCCAGCCAACACGUCGAUGGCGGGUAGGCAGCCACGGCUUCGCCAGCGCAAUCCCCCUGCUCCGGUGUCCAAUGUGGAAUACGACCGGCUACAUCAAGACGACCAUGUUGCCGAGGUCUUCCAAAAUCCUCACUCCCGCCACCCCGUUGAGAAGCUGCUAGAGACUAAAAAGGGCAGCGUCUUAGUCGUCUCAGCCCUCACAACCCUCGCCUUCGCCCUCCGUUUCUAUAAGAUAAACCAUCCCGACCAAGUCGUUUUCGAUGAGGUUCACUUUGGCAAGUUUGCCGCGUACUACAUCUCAAGGGAGUACUACUUCGAUGUCCAUCCCCCAUUCGCAAAACUUCUCUUUGGCCUCGCUGGCUGGUUUGUCGGGUUCGAUGGCAAGUUCAUGUUCGAGAAUAUUGGCGACAGCUACUCGGAGAACCAUGUGCCAUAUGUUGGAAUGCGCGCAUUGCCUGCCGCUUUGGGUAGCUUGACCAUCCCCGUUAUUUAUGCCAUCAUGAAGGAGGCUGGGUAUUCCACCGUUAUUGCCGCCUUCUCUGCCGCCUUGGUCUGUUUCGACAAUGCACACAUCGCCCAGUCACGCCUUAUUCUCCUCGACGCCACGCUCAUUUUCUUCUUGACUCUCACUAUCUAUUCCUACGUCCGUUUCAAGAAACUACGCUACUGGGCAUUUUCGACCGAGUGGUGGACGUGGCUCUGUCUCACCGGCGUUUUUAUGGCCUGCGCGUGGGGUUCCAAAGUUAACGGCAUUCUCACUGUUGUCACUAUCGGUGUCGCAGUCCUCGUCGACCUGUGGGAUCUUCUAGACCACAGGAAGGAAGGCCAGACAAUGGAAUAUUUCUGGCGACACUUCACUGCCCGCGCUAUAGGUCUUAUCCUGUUGCCUUUCGUCAUCUACCUGUCUUUCUUCUAUAUCCACUUCGCCGUUCUCAUCAAGUCUGGACCGGGUGACACUUUCAUGUCCCCUGCCUUCCAGGAAACCCUUACGGGAAAUGAAAUGCUGCUAAAUAGUCAAGAGAUCAAAUACUAUGAUACUGUCACUCUCAAACACAAGGACACUAAAGUGUUCCUGCACUCACACGUUGAACGGUACCCAUUAAAAUACGAAGACGGACGAAUUAGCAGUCAAGGGCAACAAGUUACUGGCUACGGACACAACGACACGAACAAUCAUUGGCAAAUCAUUCCAACUAAAGCUUUGCCGGAGAGUGGCCGUGGUCGAUAUGUGCGCAACGGAGAUCUCAUCCAACUUUUGCACCUCAAUACCGAAUCCCACCUGCUUACCCAUGACGUUGCUUCUCCGCUUAUGCCAACCAACCAGGAAUUCACUACUUGGCCAAAGGACGAUCAUUCGCGUCACAACGACACGCUUUUCCACAUUCAUCUCAUCGACGGUCGCGAUUCGGAUGUCGUCAAAAGCAAAUCAGGAUAUUUCCGACUUGUCCAUGGUCCAACUAAAGUGUCUUUGUGGACGCACUCCAAACAGCUCCCCGACUGGGCUUUCAAGCAACAAGAGAUCAAUGGUAACAAAGGAGCAACAGAGAAGAGCGCGACCUGGUAUGUUGAAGAGAUCCUCGAUGGAAUUGAACCCGACUUCAAAAACCGUACCGCCAAGGUUGAGGCUCAGAAGCCCAAGCAUAUGAACUUUUUCAAGAAGUUCGGAGAAUUGCAGCUCUUGAUGUUACAGCAUAAUGCUGGAUUAACCGCGUCGCACCCAUAUGCAAGCAGCCCAAUCAAUUGGCCUUUCCUCCUCAGCGGAAUCAGUUUCUGGACCGAAAAUGACUCACAGCGCCAGAUCUAUCUCAUCGGUAAUGUUGUUGGCUGGUGGACGUGUGUGGUUGCGCUGUCCAUCUAUGUCGGUAUCUUGGGUGCUGACCUUUUGGCUCGUCGUCGGGGGCUUGAUCCCAUUCCUGACCCUGUGCGCAACCGACUUUGGAACUCGGCUGGAUUCUUCAUGAUCGUUUGGGGUGUCCAUUAUCUGCCCUUUUUCCUCAUGAGCCGACAACUCUUCAUCCACCAUUAUCUGCCGUCGCAUAUUGCUUCCUCCAUGAUUGCUGGUGCUGUCCUGAGCUUCAUUCUGUCCGAUUCCAUCAACUACCCAAUAUCGGUCUGGGGGCCUACAACUCGAGGCCGUCCAUCACAAUACGCAGACUUGGGCAUAAAAGCACCAGUAAUCUUUGUUUGCUUUACGCUUGCAAUGUUUGUAGUCCUGGUCUUCUUUGCACCAUUGACGUAUGGCACGCCAGGAUUGACAGGAGAACAAGUCAAUGCACGUAGACUACUGUCCACAUGGACCUUGCACUUCGCGGCAAAGGUUACCGUUGAGAUGGCAUAG